UAAGUAAAAUAUGAUAGAUGAGGUUGAAAUCCAGGGCUAGUUGGUCCACGUAUAGAAUUCAAUAAGACCUACCUAACCUAUUGCCGCUCCAACGCCUGUGUUAGGUAUGUCUUUUAAGAAAUUGUACUGGUUGUCUUACUGUUCAGAUAUAAAUUGAAAGAAAGAGAUUGUUUGAAAUGGAUUUUAACAGCCCCUUUGCUAGCAAUAUACCCUUUAAGGUUGCCCUCGACGCUGUUCACCCUAGAAACUAUCGUGGUUAAUUACUGAUGAAUUCGUUACGAUGGACCAACUGACCUGCUUUUAUCCACUGGUGCCACACCAGUAGCAGUGCAGUCAGGGAUAACAUUCCUUUUUCAUCCAUUAAACAAUUUCAAUAUCUACGCUUAUCUGUUACUAACAAUAAUAAUAAUGGCCGAACUUAACUGAAUGCAAGUUUUUUUCUAUUUCAUUGUGACAAAUAUGAUAUGUGGUGAUCAGCAGGAUAUAUUGCCGGUGCAGAGUUGGUGGUCGGGCGUCGGGCGGGGCGAGGAAGAGGUCGAGCCACGUGAGACAGAUGGCACUGAUGUGCAAGUAGUGUAUUUACCGGCCCUACUACCGCGGGAGGCACAGUCUGCCGCUGACAAGUUUCAAGACGACGUACCUCUACCCUACAGCUUCGAUGCUUUUGGACGAAGCUUCGAGCUUCAAUUGGUCCCGAAUAGACGUCUGGUGUCACCACAGUUUCGCGUUUGGUCUGAUGCUGGACAAGAGGAGCCACUAUCCACAGUUGAUGCGACCUGUCAUUUUCUGCACUCAGGCCCUGGGUCUGUUGCUGCGUUUUCUGCUUGCAAGGAUCAUGCUCUGCAUGGAUUAAUUGUGGUAGACAAUUCUACAUACGAAGUACGGCCCUUACCGUGGAGUACGGGUAGAGCGGAAAAUGGCGGUGACCGUACAGCACACGUGAUAAGGCGCGCGCCGCCGCCGCCCGCACCGUUCGACGAUGCACGCCCGCUGCGGCCGCGAUUCCGUCGACCUCGCUUCCAGCCGCGAAUUAAACCGGGCCCGGCGAGUUACACCAUCGAAAUAGCUUUAUUCUUGGACGAAGCCGCCUAUAAAAUAUUUUACCCUUUUCUAAACUAUAAUGAAGCUGAUGUACGUGACAUGCUACUGGCGUAUAUAAAUGGUGUCCAAGCGUUAUACCAGCACUCGUCUCUGGGUACACACAUCCAAUUAUCACUGGUGCGGAUGACAUUACUACGUAGUCAACCACCCGGGUUGCCGGCUCACGCUGAGAGAGGACGCCUGUUAGACUCAUUCUGCGCUUACCAACGAUCACUAAAUGUAGAGGACGAUGAUGAUCCAGAACAUUGGGACAUGGCUUUGUUACUGUCUGGGCUAGACUUCUACUCGGACGAGGGCGGAAGGCGCAAUGGUGUGACGAUGGGCCUGGCGCCAGUGGGCGGCGUGUGCCUGAUGCCCCACGCUUGCGUUGUAGCGGAGUUCGGCGCCGCCGAUGUUCUCGGCCGGCCUUAUCCAUCAGCAGGAUUCACCUCCGUCUACAUCCUCGCUCACGAGAUUGGACAUAAUUUGGGUAUGCACCACGACGGCGCGGGCAACACGUGCGCCCGCGACGGCUACAUCAUGUCACCGUCGCGCGGCACCAGCGGGGAGGCCACCUGGUCCCCGUGCAGUGCCCGCGUUGUCGCCGACUUACAAUGGGCAACAUGUCUUUUGGAUGGAGGUGAUGAUUUAGAUACUCCGAGUGAAUUGCAGCAUGAGAGAUUUGGUGGAGCUCCUGGUGCUCUCUGGGGUGCUAAGAAGCAAUGUGAGGUGUUCCUACGUGACGUGGACGCUGCACCCUCACCGUCGGCAGUAUCCAACGAGCACUGUGUGCAGUUAGCGUGCCGCUCACCACAUCGCGCCGGCUUCUACUAUGCUGGACCCGCGUUGCCCGGCACCCCAUGUGGACCUCGAAUGUGGUGUCAAGGGGGAGAGUGUGUGGCAGCAGGUACUGUACCUACAAGCACAGGGGUACCCUCAACAUCUGGCGGCAAUGCUGGUGGGUCUAUGUCUAACGACGCAGGCAAUGGCGGAAGUAAUUCAGGCUCUGGGGGCUGGAGCGAGUGGCGGGAAGCUGCUUGUCGAUCUGGUUGUACGUCCCGGGCGCGGGGCUUCCGGGAACGGCGACGUUCGUGUAUGUCUCAAACAGGCUGCCAUGGUACCGCAUAUGACGUCGUGCUAUGCGACGAUUCGAAGGUUUGUGGAAAAAAAACACGCGUGAGUGCGAACGAAUUGGCAUCUAGGAAAUGCAGCGAGUAUGCUAUGAAACUGCCGGAAUUAGAUCCUCGCGGUGGAGGAUUGCAAGCACCACAUGAUCCGACUCGUAUGUGGAUGGGGUGCGCGGUUUUCUGUCGGCGGGCUAUGGGUGGCGGGUUCUACGCGCCGCGUGUGGAGCUCAACGACGCCGGCCUCGACCCGUACUUCCCGGACGGCACGUGGUGCCACCACGACGGCACGCACGACUACUACUGUCUCCAGCACCAUUGCUUGCCCGAGAACUUCAAGAUGACGGCGCAAUGGCAUAUUUGGGAAUUGCCGAGCGAGGAUAUCGGAGGACCGUUCAAUGCUAGAGCGCGAACGUCGGCUGAUGACGAUGAAGUGGCAGCUGCCAUACGCUCCUACCUAUCGCUGGACGCGCAAGGCGCUCCCUUAGUCCGCACCGCCUUCCCGCCUAACAUCCCCGAAGAAUCUGAACGCAACUGGGAAGUCAUAGACUAUGUCGAUAUACCUGCCACUACACAUAAUGACACAGGCAAAUCGUAGAUACCAAUCUGGGAAUAUUUCCCGGAUUAUACAUAAUUUGCACAAUUGUAUGUAUAUAUUAUACUGUCAGUGUGUGCGUUAUCUUGCCAAACAAAUACCACAUAAUACGUCCGCAUUAAAAUCUUAAGUUCAUAAAGUUAUCACGACAAGUUGAAGUGUUUAUUAAAUUGGACAUGUAUUAUAAUUGUAUUUUUUAAGAUUUAAUUUGAUAUGUUAACUAAAUAAUAUAUUAAAGAUGUAAUGCAUUUAAUAAAUUCUAAGAUUGUUGUACAGUAUUAGUAGUUAUUAGAUGUAGCUAUUACCUAGCAAUGUAAUUAUUAUAUAAGUAAAUCGUUAAGAGUAACUAUUGUCCUACAAGUAGAAUUCAGCUUAGAAAAGAGUUUAACACAUAAUACAAUACAAUACAAACUAAAACUAAUAGCUUCUAAGCAAACAGUAUAGCUCUUGUUUCCUUAAAAAUCUAAAAAAUAAUAAACUCUAUGAAAUAAAAAUUUUGUUUUCGCAAAAAAUAUCAUUUUCUCUUAAAUGCAAACUUACCCACCUCUUAUCAAAAGUCAUCAUCUUUAGUCUGUAUUUACAUAUAUGUUUAUAAUUAUUUUGUUUUAACUUACCAAUAUUUUAUGACUACCGUUUCAUGUAUACAUUUUUUAUGGGUAUCAUGUAAAAAUUGUUUGCAAAUUUCACAAAUAUUAUAGUCUAAAACUUUGUACUUCAGAUUCAUACCUCAACAAUCAAAGUUACAUGAUAGUUAAUCUCACUUGAGUGUGUUGGGUGGGCCGUAUGUAAACGAUGUUUCACUAAGGGCAUUGUAUUUUAUAAAUGUUUUAUAAAUAUUGUUAAUUAUUAAAAUUAAUUCACUAGGCACAUAUUUCUUUUAGAUAUAGCAUUGCAUUAUUCAUCUGAUAUUUAUUAUUCAUUUACUCGUAGAUAAUUGUUAUAUUGAACUACAACUCAGAAUUAGUAUGAGGAACUCAUUCCUAAAGACACUACAUAAGAACGCCAUAGACGCAUACCAUAUAUAAAGAUAUAUGAGAAUUACUAUUUAUAAAAAAAAUCUUAUGUUUUUCUUUUUAGGAAGGAAGACACCACAAAACUAUGUUAUCUGCUCUUAUUACAUUUAGGUUCUGUCAUUUUAUAAUUGUAAUGUAAAUUAAACAAUUUUUUUUUGUAAAUCAUUACAAAAAAGCGUGUUGGGUGGGCCGUAUGUAAACAAUCAUGUUUGUACCAAAAUAAAAAAAAAUGAAUAUUUGAUUGUGACUAUAUAGCACUAAGUUACGUCUAAAAAUAGUUAUCUCUGUAGCUUCUCUAGACAUUACAUUCUCUCUCGUUCUCUACAUUAAUUAUAUCUUAUAAUACACUAUACACUUAUCGGCAUUGUAUCUGGUAAACGUAUAACAAUGUAAUAUGCAACUGAUUAAAUAAAUCUUCAUACUCAUAUAUAGGUGUUGGUCGUCGUAUCGUAUGUCUACUAUAUCAUAACAAUGGUGAACGUAACAUAUUUACACAUGUGGAAAACUGUAAUGGAUGGGUGCAAAGUGUAUGAUCACGUGACUAUUUAUUUAUGUAUCAACAUUUUACACUUUUCCGUUGAGGAUACUUAUGGUAUUUGCAGCGUUAUAUUCAUAAUUAAGAAUACCCAAUUCUAAUUAGAAACUAAGUAUCCAUGCAACUAAAAUUUUCCUCAAGCACAGUUUCAUACUAUAAAACAAAUACGCGAUAUAGAGUUGGAUUAAAAUUUUCAAAAGCUAUUUUGUGAUUUCAACUAUAUUAGAAAGUUAUUCUAUUUCAUGAACACUAUCGAAUACUAACAUGAGUUAGGUAUGCAUAUUCUGUUUUUAUUUUUGUAAACAUAAUAUGUUACAAUUCAUCGUUAUAUGUUAAACUGUAGAGUAUCAAUAUAUCGUAGCAUAUGUGGUCUACAUUAUACCAAGAUAUCUUAUUACUAAUAUUAUAUUUUCAAUUAAAUUAUAAAAACAAUUACAUUCAUAAUAUGGAGCAUGUACGGGUAAUCUAUUUAUCUCAUGAAUAUUAUCAAACAAUAAAUAAUGUUUUUAUUAUUCUAGAUUUUAUAUUAGAGUUAGUUUCGUGAUAGUAAGAUUGUAUGAAUAAAUAGUAAUGAUUACCAGAAGAGACGUUUCUAAAAUUUGUAUUUUAUUUUUUACAAUGCAAAAUAUAUUACUGAGUAAUAUGUUAUUGAGCUGCGUAGUGUAUCAGAUAUACAAUAUAUUCUUAUAUUUCAAAUCGCCAUUAAUCGAUUAAUUUUACCUUAAAUUUUUGUUGUCACUUUGGUUUCGAAUAAUAAAAAAUAGAGCCAUAUAAACAUAUACUUAUAUGGAUAAAAAAAUACGUAGUGUCAAAAAUAUUUAAAAUAUUACCAAAAAAUAUUGUUUUUAUUAUUUUCAGUAACACCAAAACGAAAAGAAAUAAACAAAAAUUUUAUAUUGAAGACUUAAGCAUAUAAAAUAUGCGUGUACGAUCGAAUAUAGAAAAUAAUGUUAUUUGUCUCGAAACUGUAAUACUGUAAUAGUAGAUUUUAAUUAUUUGAUAUUGAUAUGAUAUUUUAUUAUUAUAUAAUGUGGGAUUCAUCUAUUUGUAUUUCCAUUAGAAAUCAGCCUAAAAGUGUGUACUUACUCAUUUCGAUUAAUACAUACAUUUCAUAAACAGUUUAAUAAAAUUUUAUAAUUAUAUAAAUUUAGUAGUUAUAUAUA